AUAUGUGAAAGGAUAGGAUUCAUACCUAUUAUUCUUAUUAUAUAUUUAGCCAUUAUGCCACCCAAAAAGAGAGCCAGGCGAGAUGAUGUGGCAACGGGAGGAUUACCACCACCAACACCACCAACUGAAGUACAUAAGGGGAAAAAAGGGCCAAAAAGAACCCGAAAACAGUCGGAGACUGACACUGUCAAUGUGCUACCAAAUAUUGAUUAUGAACUUCUGGCAAAAGAAAUUGUAAACCAACAAAAAGCUGCUAGUGAGAAACAAAACAUCAGCAAAAGUGUUGGGCACCCUCCAAUGGUGAAUUCUGUUGAGAAUACCGCACCAGUAAUUGGGGAAGCUAUACCGGCCGCUGCCACAAUUCCUGCCUCUGCGGCUGCCACAAUUCCUGCCUCUGCACUGGGAACAUUACUGGAUAAUGUGUUCACAGAGAGCCAGGGAGGCAGCACCAUAUCUAGACCAACAACCAACUGCCAUUCCCGAGCAUCUAUUGCAGAUUUGUCCUCAACCACCCACACAAUCUUAGUAGCAGCUUUAUCUCCCUCUGCACGUUUAUCAUACAGACGUUCAUGGGAACUUUUUCUCACAUUUCGAAAUAAUCCAGUGUCGGUACCUUUGUCUACCAUUGAUAUUUGUAAUUUUAUUGAUUUCCUGUUUGAAAAACAAUACAGUUCCAGCAGCAUUGCCUCACAUGUAUCUGCUCUGAGUUAUAUACACAAAAUUGUAAAUGCGCCUGAUCCAACACAAACAUUUAUUGUUCGAAAACUCCUUAAAGGAUGUCACAAGCUUCUGCCUUCACAAGAUGCUAGAUUACCAAUAACACUGAGUAUAAUGCACAAAAUUCUCUCUGCAUUAGUUUUCACUGUUCCAAAUGCAUCAAAUCGGGUACUUUUGCAAAGUCUUUUUCUUCUUUGUUUUAUCGCCUUUUUACGUUUAGGGGAAGUUGUCACAAAAAAGGUAUCAGAUAAAGACAGAGUACUUCAAGUUCAAGACAUUACUUUUAUGGUAGAUAAGAACAAUCCUUCAGCAGUUCAACUUGUGUUACGAUAUCAUAAAUCACAAAAGAAAAAUGAUCCUAUAAUCAUAUCUAUAGAAACCAACCCUGUUUCCAAUUUCUGUCCCGAGUGCUAA